AUGGCCCAGGUUUGCACCCCAGAGUCAUUAUAUGGUUAUGAUCAUGCCUACAAAAUCGCCGAUCAAUCCACUCUUGAUACUAUAGCCAGCGAAUGUACAAGUAUAAAUGGUAGCAUUUAUAUCAUGAGCAACUACACCGGUCCUUUCUACUUACCCAAUAUCCGGAACAUCAGCGGUGAUGUUCAUUGGUACGCAGACACUUCGUACCUAUAUGACUCAAUCUCGUUUCCAGAUCUCGAGCACAUAAAUGGCAGCCUGGAUCUCCAGGCUGGAUAUAAUCUGAGAAACAUUUCGGCGCCGAAAUUGAAUUUGGUCGGUCGUUUGGUUCAAGUGGACUACGCCCACGAUGUGGAUUUGAGGUCACUCCAGCAUGCAGAGUAUGCGUCUAUCUUUGGAAAUCUUUCGAGCUUGCGACUUGACUCAUUACAAUCGAUCAAUCGGACUCUGAAGAUCUGUAAUAAGGACAGCUGCAGUAGCAGCCUAUCGCCAGUGACGUCUUUAGAGCUAUAUCUUUUGUCGCUCGAAUCGUCAACCUAUAUAGAGCUGGAAGGAAGGAUAUCAACUUUAGUUGUACCGGAGUUAACCAGCGUUGUAGGCUUGGAAACUUCACCAGCGUUGCAAUCAUCUGAGGGGUUUCAAUUGACGACGGCCGGUGGACCACCGCUCAACCUGGUAUUCCCUCGCCUUGACACUGUCUAUGGACGCUUCCAAGUAAGCGGUAAUAUUGCGAGCCUCUCCAUGCCUAAGAUGAUCGACACAAACAUGACAUUAGAAGUAAACGCCGUCAAUCUACCCAGUCUGCGCCGGGCUUCUGACGGCAUAUACAUCUACUCCGACAUGGCCCUUGACUGCGAUGCAAUAGAAGAAGAAAUAUUUCGUAACGUAAGCAUAUCUAACGGCUCGAAGACCUGCUCUGCCAAAGAGGCAGAACCAGAAUCACAUGGUCUCAGCACUGGAGACAAGGCUGGUAUUGGUAUUGGAAGCGGGUUUGCCGGCAUAAUAAUUUUCGUCCUUAUACCGCUUUAUAUCCGCCAUCGGAAAAAGGAGAAAGAACGUCUUAAGGCUGUUUCUGAGGUUGAACUAAUGCCGCCGAGCUAUCAGGCUGCUCAACAGGACCGGGCAUCUCUGCCUGAGUAUUCGCCGGGUGAGCAUAGACCUGUCGCCAGUCCACGCGGGACGUGA